AUGAUUCAGACGGGUCUCAUACAGAACGUGCACGACGACCUGCUCACAGAUAUAUCUUAUGAUUUUUAUGGUCUGCACUUCGCCUCGUGUAGCCUUGACCAGAAAAUCAAAGUCUGGUCGUUGGACGAGAGCACUGGAACCUGGAGCGUCGAGGAUGAAUGGAAGGCCCACGAUGCUGCCAUCUCAAAAGUAAGCUGGGCACAUCCAGAGUUCGGGACUAUACUCGCGUCGGCCUCGUUCGAUCGUACCGUAAAAAUAUGGGAACAAAUGAUGUCCACUGCGGUUACUGAAUUACAGCCUAACACAUCCUCUGCCCCACAGCAAGCCAGUGGCGGGUCGUCCUCGAGAUGGUCUGAGAGGGCCGUUUUGGUCGAUGCCCGUGGCACAGUGAGAGCCGUGGAAUUCGCGCCUCAUCAUUUUGGUUUGAAGCUGGCGCGUGCGACGAUUUCAACUGACAAUCACCUUCGGAUAUACGAGUGUUUGGAGCAGUCAUCGCUGGCUACGUGGCAAUUAUCAGAAGAAGUGGACGUCACCUCUUUACCAAUAGCAUCCCGACCCUCCUCUCACUCAGUAGCGUUCGGAACGCCAACUCAUACGAGCGCAACUCUUGAUGGUGCCUCUGCUUCCCUAGUUGCGCAAGCGUUGCAACAGUCCCAAGCCCCACCUCAGGGCCGAGGGGGGUUGGGUAACAGGGAAGCGGAUGGCGGCUGGUGUAUUUCUUGGUGCAAAGAGCGGUAUUGGGGUGAAGUGAUAGCAGCAGGGAGCGGGAUAUCGGGCACUAUAAAAAUUAUACAAAUCUCGCCGUCCCGUCGUCCAACGACGCUAUUAACGUUGGAUCCUUCUCCCGCUGGCAAGUUACUGGCAGAGGGUAAUGCUGCGGGUGUUCUGGGCGAGAGCGACGCUCCAACGCCAUACGCUGUCACCACUGUAGCAUGGGCACCAUCGUGUGGUCGAUCGUAUCAUCUUAUAGCGACGGGUAGUCGGGAUGGUCAUGUAAGAAUAUGGAAAGUCAAACCAGCUGAGGAUAGCGACAUGGAGGACGACAGUAUGGGAUCUAAGUGGACAGCUAGUAUUGCUGCCGACUUCGACAACCACAGAUCGGCAGUCGGUCGAGUCGAGUGGAACAUAACAGGGACCGUAUUAUCAUCUGCCGGAAACGACGGGCGUGUCCGUCUUUGGAAGGCGACGAUCGGGGGUGUCUGGAGACCUGCUGGGAGCAUUGGCGUCGAACAAACUGAAGACGAGGAUGCUAACAUGGAGGAGAGUGCUGUUGCUGACUAAUAUAGCCACGUACUACGAAGGUAGCAUGGAUAAUCACUUACUAGCUACUAUUAGUAUUCGUGACAGCCAUCUCUUGGAAGAUAUCGGAGAGAUAUGAGAGCAGUCGUGGGAGCGGUUUUAUCACGGAAGGCCGCUCGAGUAUCUGUGUCAACGUCCCGGAUUGCCUUUCAACUUAGUCUCCUGCAUUACAGGUCGUACUACGGCUGUCAGCCAGCCCGACACUUCGCAGACAUGUCUCAGUCUGGGUCAUUUGCACGCCCCUCUGAUGGUGCUCUGCAACUAACUGCCGUACAGGAAACACAAGGUAGUCGUCUGCCGCAAUCUUGGGCCUGACGCGAUGUCUCUUUUGGAGGCAACACCUGAACUGGACGUGCGUUGGAUUAAACAUUACUCCAUCCCUCAUAGCGUUGAACCCACUUCAUGUGGCACUUAGCUUGUCGUCUGGCCGGACGACCGAAGCUGCGACCGGACAUGGUUGCUAGG